AUGGCGCGUGUUCUCUUUCGUCUACUUCAAGAAGCCAACUCUUCAUCUCCAGCAGAAGCUUCUCCGGCUUUAAACUCCGAUCUUGUAGUCAUCCUCGCCGCUCUUGUCUGUGCAGUGAUUUGCUUCCUCGGUUUAGUCGCCGUCUCUCGAUGCGCUUGGCUCCGCCGUCUCGCCAACAGAUCCGCCGCGAGUUCCGAUCAGACUCAACCACCUCCGGUAGCUGCGGCGGCUAACAAAGGAUUAAAGAAGAAAGUUCUCCGAUCACUACCGAAGCUAACUUACUCGCCGGAUUCUUCUCCGGCGGAGAAACUCGCCGAGUGUGCGAUCUGUCUGUCGGAAUUCGUCGCCGGAGAUGAGCUCAGAGUGUUGCCGCAGUGUGGUCACGGUUUUCACGUAUCGUGUAUCGACACGUGGCUUGGGUCCCACUCUUCGUGUCCUUCUUGCCGUCAGAUUUUGGUGGUUGCCAGGUGUCAAAAAUGUGGCGGGUUACCCGGUAGUUCUAGCUCAGGAUCCGAACCCGAUACCCGAAUCGAGCAACGUGAAGAUGAUCCUAAUAAUUUCUUACCUUAA